CCUCCUUCCUGUGAAAACCUUGAGGUACGACCAGACCUAACAAUCCUGGCAUUCUCCUUCUCCCAAUAAUCCACCCCCUUCUUCACCAACCCUUUUACCAUUUCCAAGCCCGAAAAAAUCAAAGAAAAAGUAGCAGCUCUUACCAUCGUGCUCGUCGUCCUCCUCGUCAUCAUCACAUCCACCCCGAGAAAACUCCUAUAAAAAAUGGAUUAGCCACCAAGAUCCUGUCCUUUUGUGCGGCCUGACUCCUCCAACUUGUGUAGUCGGCCAGUAGCUCCACGCAAGAUUGACAGGAUUGGAAAGUCCGCAGUUCCACUCCAAGAUCCCGAGCUUUUUCCCAGUUCUUCCGUCGCAAUCCGCAGGAAUCCCCAUCGGAGGGCGUCGCGCCGUCCGUGCGGUUCUUGAUCCGGGGACUCGCCAAUGCAGCCGGACGGGACCGGCAGCACCGGGGGCGCCGCGAAUGCGCGCCCGCCGCCGGUGACCGCCGCGCCGGCGCCGUCGGGCCGCCCGGUCUCCGUGCUGCCGCACAAGACGGCCAACGUGCGCGACCACUACCGCAUCGGGAAGAAGCUGGGGCAGGGCCAGUUCGGGACCACCUACCUGUGCGUGGCCAAGGAGGACGGCGCCGAGUUCGCCUGCAAGUCCAUCCCCAAGCGCAAGCUGCUGUGCCGCGAGGACUACGAGGACGCCUGGCGCGAGAUCCAGAUCAUGCACCACCUCUCCGAGCACCCCAACGUCGUCCGCAUCCGCGCGGCCUACGAGGACGCCCUCUUCGUGCACAUUGUCAUGGAGCUCUGCGCAGGCGGCGAGCUCUUCGACCGCAUCGUAGCCAAGGGGCACUACACCGAGCGUGCUGCCGCGCAGCUCAUCAGGACCAUCGUUGGGGUCGUCGAGGGAUGCCACUCGCUCGGCGUCAUGCACCGGGACCUCAAGCCCGAGAACUUCCUGUUUGCCAGCACAGCUGAGGACGCGCCACUCAAGACCACUGAUUUCGGGCUAUCCAUGUUCUACAAGCCUGGUGAUAAAUUCUCUGAUGUUGUUGGGAGCCCCUACUAUGUUGCGCCUGAGGUGCUUCAGAAAUGCUAUGGUCCAGAAGCUGAUGUCUGGAGUGCUGGGGUGAUUCUGUACAUUUUGCUAUGUGGUGUUCCCCCAUUCUGGGCAGAAACUGAAGCAGGGAUCUUCAGGCAGAUCCUUCGAGGCAAACUUGAUUUUGAAUCUGAACCCUGGCCUAGUAUCUCUGACAGCGCUAAAGAUCUGGUCCGUAAUAUGCUUUGUCGGGAUCCUACAAAGCGACUCAGUGCUCAUGAGGUUCUAUGUCACCCGUGGAUUGUUGAUGAUGCUGUGGCGCCUGAUAAGCCUAUUGAUUCUGCUGUUUUGUCAAGACUGAAGCAUUUUUCUGCAAUGAACAAGCUCAAGAAGAUGGCAUUGAGGGUUAUUGCUGAAAGCCUGUCUGAGGAAGAGAUUGGAGGCCUAAAGGAGCUGUUCAAAAUGAUUGAUGCCGACAAUAGUGGAACCAUAACAUUUGAUGAGCUGAAAGAUGGCUUGAAAAGGGUAGGCUCAGAGUUAACCGAACAUGAAAUCCAGGCUUUAAUGGAUGCAGCGGAUAUCGACAACAGUGGAACUAUCGAUUAUGGUGAAUUCAUCGCAGCUACAUUGCAUAUGAACAAACUGGAGAGGGAGGAAAACUUGGUGUCAGCCUUCGAGUUCUUCGACAAGGAUGGAAGUGGAUUCAUAACCAUUGAUGAGCUAUCACAGGCAUGCAGUCAAUUCGGUCUCGACGAUGUUCACCUUGAGGAUAUGAUCAAGGAUGUCGAUCAGAACAAUGAUGGGCAAAUUGAUUACAGUGAGUUCGCAGCGAUGAUGAGAAAGGGCAACGCUGGCGCGGCAGGGAGGCGAACCAUGCGGAACAGCUUGCAACUGAAUCUCGGCGACAUCUUGAAUCCAAGCAGCAGCUAACUCGAUAUGGGGGAGGAAAAAUGCCAUGCCAUGCCAUUUUCUUGGGAAGUUUUUGCAUGCCUGAUCAGGUGGACUAAAUCUAAGAGGGUGGGAGAGAGAAAUGAAUUUUCGUAGUAGUAGCUGGAGAGGGAAAUGGCGUACUGUCUUCAUUGUAACCAAAAACCUUAGAUGCUGGAGAUGGUAAUGGGAUGAACUGCAGUGCUUAUGUGUAUUCCUGUCGUUUCAGGUUGUUGAACAUUGUUGGUCGCUGGGGAUUAUACAUUCGUAGCACUACUUUGGCUACUUGUGUUUACUGUCAAGUGUUGGUGGUUCAAAGAAAAUCAGAUCAUGUUAAAUGUUCU